GGUCAUCAAAAGAUCCAAGGCUCGGGGGCCUUCUUAUUAUGGGAAAAUCGUAGAAGGUAUGCCCCCGCCAACUAUACACAAAACUAGCCAAUGUGUAGUUUCGAAAUUCACGUGAUGAAUGUAAAUUCAUUGUAAAAAAGUCAGUACCGGUGUCAUACGUUGAACGUCAGACAACGGUUAUCGUGCAUUCAAAAAGGAUGAAAUCACAUCUGAAAUUAGUGAUUUGAAAUACUUAAGUUCAGAUCUGUUGAAUGGUGUAAGGAAAUGCCAAAAAAGUACAUUUUCAUGCAAAUUCGACUGGAGAGACAACUCAUUAUAACCUCUGCAAUUUCACGUGGUGAGGAACAAAAAUGUCCUUGCGAAAGUUUAUGCAUCCGAGAAAUAUAUACAAAAAAGAGCCGAACUUUAAGCAGCUAGCUAUACAGGACCCUGAAUUUCGAAAAUUUAUCACAACGUUUUUCAGGAUCUUGCUGGAAAAGUCCGGAUCAACUUUCAAAAUCUGGAGAGUUUGAGAGCAUUAGCAAAAACGUUAUUGAAACAUGAUUUUAAUUUGCAUGUAGAAAUACCAGUUGACAAAUUAGUGCCAGCUAUACCUUCCAGAUUAAAUUAUGUACUCUGGAUAGAGGAUCUAGCUAAACAUGCUGGCUAUGCAGAUAUGUCUUUGAUAUCUGGCAUUGACAUAGGCACAGGGGCAGUUUGUGUUUAUCCACUACUAUUUGCUAACAUGUACCGUUGUAAGAUGAUUGGUACAGAGAUUGAUUCAGACAGCCAUGAAUCUGCGCUACUUAAUAUUAAACGCAACAACUUUGAAAAGCUCAUCAAUGUGAUUCGUGUAGACAAAGGUACGGUACUUCGUGAUGUCUUACCAGAGAACAAUGUCUGUUACACAUUCACCAUGUGUAAUCCACCAUUCUUUGAUACUGAAGAGACUAUGGCAUGUAAAUUAAAGGGCACGCGAUUACCACCUCGCAAUGCACCAUCUGGAAGUAAAGUGGAACUAGUAGUUGAUGGGGGAGAAACCCAGUUUGUUUCCAAGAUGCUUGAAGAUAGCAUUGAGCUGAAAGACAGAAUAAAAAUAUAUACAACUAUGUUGGGAAAGAAGAGUAGCUUGAUAUUCUUACAAAAUGAGCUAAAAAAACUGCACGUGGAAAACAGUACGUGGACUGAAUUCUGCCAAGGACGUACAACAAGGUGGGGCCUAGCAUGGACUUUUUUGCCCAAAGAUCAAAUAGAUUUAACAACUGCGCCAGUCAUAAGGACGAGUGGUGCUAGAACUCAAUUAAAACAUAAAGCAAAAAAAGCACCUUCAGAAAUAGUAUUUCCUGCACACAGUGAUAUCACAAAGGCUGAAGAAUUGGUUGCUGCUUUAAAAUUUUGGAUACAGAAAUUGAAGAUUCGGAUCGACGAGUUACCUAUCAAUGAGCAAAAAUCCAAUUGUUGGGGCUGUCAAUUGAUGGCAAAUGAGGACACAUGGUCGCAUGAGCGUAGAAAGCGACGAAUGAUGGCCAAUCAGAAUUCACCAUCAAAGAGGCCUCGGUUGAAUGUAUCAGUCGAAGAAUCUUGUGAAAAGGAAUCUGAGAGUUCAAUAUCUAUCAAUGGUGGAAGCGUUCAAUCGAUCACAGGAUCAUUUUUGUUAUGCAAUUUGGUUGCGGGUGAAGUUGAAACUGAUGACAAGGAACAGAGACUGAAGAUAUCCAUGGAAUUUGAAAGUGGUUCUGGUGGAAAAAAUGCGUUGGAAACUUUACGGCAAUACUUUAUAAAUAAGCUUAAUCUGAGAGAAUUUAUGAAAGGAAGAAGCUCAGAUAAGAAAGACCAGAAAAGGCAGAGGGUGAGAAAAAAAAAGAAACUACUUAAUAACUUGUUACAUUGUGACAAUACUACCUGUACGGAGAAACUAUGACUGUUAUUAUAAGGACGACGACGAAAAAAAUAAAAUACUUUUUUUAUGGUGAUACACCGGUAGAAUGACUUUGCUCUUGAAAGAACGCAAUUAAUUCACAAAAAUGACUGAUUGUGAGAUUACGUGAGGACAUCUUUCAUAUAAAAUGGUUUAUUCAUGUGAUGAUUUUACCAAAUUACAUAACAGAUAAUAUAUAUCAGGUAUUUUAUGUUUAUCCUUACCGACUAUCAGUUUUUCAUUGUUCAAUGUUCCUAACAAGUGCGAUAUAAUAUUAUACUAAAAUCUAACAAAAACAGACUAACGAGUGAAGUUAGCUUCUCCUCAUUUUGGCAUUAGUUUUACGGGAAACAUAAACGCUUCGGUAUCUUUCGUUCACCUAGUGCUCAUCACUUCAAACAUCAAAGUGAUAAUCAUCCAAACUGCUUUGUACAUUCAUUUGCUUAAUUUUCAUGAUGAUGAAAAUAACAAUUUUUCUGAGACAAAUGAUCAAGCUUGAAAAAUGCAUGUGAUGUUCAAGAAAUAUGUACGUAUAUCUAGAUUCGAUAAUUGGAAGCCUUGCUGAGAGUUGCCUGAAUUUAAUACUUCUUAGACGGAGAAAAAGAAUUUCGCAUUCGUAAAACGCGAAAAAAAAAUACAAAUAUAAGUCUAGAAAAAUAUGAAAAAGUAAAGAGCGAUAUAGCGUUUGUUGCUAAAGUUGCUGGUGUAUUUUGCAUGACAGGAGAGCUCACGAUAAGUAGUAUCUUGGGAUUUAUGCAAUUCCAAUUCAGCUACAAAAAAAAAAAAAACUCAAACUGAAAAAAUAAUAUGAAGAAAAAAGUGGUAGCAAAGAAUCUCAAAAAUUGCAUGACUACCAU